AUGGCUUCCACUGAGGAUCCCGUCGCCCCUGUCGCUCCCGCUGAGCUUGAGGCCGACAUCGCGCCCCCCGCGACUCCCGUCGAGGCAACCAUCCUCUCCGGGAGCGAGGGACCCCUGACAAGCCCCGAGGCCUCCAGAGACAAGGAAAAUGUCAAGGCAUCACCGGCCAAGAAGAGCCCAACAAGCACUACAACCACUAGACGUCCGCUCUCGGGGACGACUAGCGCUACGAAACGGCCCAGCUCGGUCUCGGGACCUCCCAAGACUACAACUUCGACCUCGCGCACCGCCACGACCAAUGGUACCACCCUGAACAAGCCACCCACCCGGCCGACCAGUACAACCACGGUGCGCAAGCCCCUUGGCACUUCCACCACCACAAGCCUGCACCGGUCUCGCGCAUCCGUCAGUUCCGCAGACGAGAAGUCCCGGUCGGUGGCUAGUUCCGGAGACGAGAAGCGAGGCAUCUCUAGUGCAGCCAAGCGCAUGUCGCUGGCAGGUACCCCGGCCACUAGGGCCCCGGUCAAGUCCACCACUUCCACCUUGGAUCGACGCUCCAGCAUUGCGGGCUCUGUCACGGCCGAGAAGAGAGCUUCUACCUCUCGUCCCAGUACAGCGUCCACCGUGAAGCCACUCGCGAGGCCGCCCACCGCUACGUCGACCUCUCGCCCGACCACCUCCUCAUCCACCACGGCACGCCCAACCACCCGUCCCUCUUCCUUGGUCUCUAAGCCCGCCACAUCCACUGUGACCAAGCGUCUAAGCACUGCUCCCAAGAGUGCCGGAGAGGAUGCGGAGAAAAUCCAAUCCCUGCAAAACCAGCUGUCAGAGAGUGAAGCCACGGUGUCUAAACUCAAGGCAGAUCUGGACACGGUCAACAUCAAAUUGACCGAAUUAUCGUUGGCUCCGAACGAGACUGCCACCCAGGAUCUUGACGAGGCCACCAAAGCGCUCCGAGAGCAACAUACGGCGGAGAUCGAGAAGUUGACAGCCACGCAUGAGGAGCAGCUGCAGGCCCUGCGGGACCAGCUCGAAGAAGCAGAGACCAAGCACAAGGAGCUCGAGGAAAAGUCUCUGAAAGAUCUAGAGGAGGCGGCCCAGCAAGCUGCCGCCGCCGGAGACGAUGAGACCGCUGGUGCCUUGGAAGAACUGAAGCAGACUCAUCAGGCUCAAUUGGAAGCGAUUGAGAAGGAGCUGGAAUUGCAAAAGGCUGCGGCUGCUGGAUACGCCGAGCAACUCGAUACCUUGAAGGCCGAGCUGGAGUUGCAGAAGAGCCAAUACGCGGAGGUCAUCCAAGCCUUGGAAGCCAAGGCCACCAAACUUGAUGAUCUUCAGCGAGAAUUGAACGGUCGUGACCAAGUGGUGGAAACCUUGCACAUGGAGAUGGAUCGCCUAAACCAUGCCAAGCAACAAGAGGCUCGGGCGGCUGAGGAGGCUGCCAAGCAAACCAUUACUGCCCUGGAGGACAAGGUUGCCUCGCUCGAAACCAAGCUGGCUGAAGCUGGAUCUGUCACUGACCAGAAUGGUGAGGAGACGGCUGCCCGUCUGGCUGAGAAGGAUCAAGAAAUCGCCGACCUGAAGGAAGCCCUCACCAAAGCUCAGGGUGAACUUGAACAAGCCCGCGAGUCUGUGGAGAUUGCACUAGCCGAAAAGAUCAAGGAGCUUGAAGCAGCUCACGAGGCCGCAACUGCCAAACUUCACUCUGAGCAUCAAGAGAUUCUGGAAAAGACGCAGGUUGAGCUGCAGCAGGCACGCGACGCUACCGAGAUCGGCUUGGGGGAGAAGGCCAAAGAGCUUGAAGCUCAACACCAGGCCGUCAUCAACCAGCUCCAGCUCGAGCAUGAAGAAACUCUCAAAGAGGAAGCCGAGGCCGGCUUGGGUGAAAAGUCCAAGGAGCUUGAGGCUGCCCACGAGGCUACGAUCGCCAAGCUCCAGUCCGAACAUCAAGAAACUCUUCUGAAGGUGCAGGCUGAGCUUGAUCAAGCACGGAAUGACACCGAGUCCGGCCUGGGAGAAAAGGUUAAGGAGCUCGAGAUCGCACACGAGACUGCGGUUGCCAAGCUUCAGUCUGAGCAUCAAGAGACCCUUGAUAAGGCGCGCAGCGCCACGGAGACUGACAUGGGUGAGAAAGCCAAGGAGCUCGAAGCCACCAUCUCCUCUCAUGCUGCCACCAUCGCUGAACUGAAGGCGAAGCACGAGGAAGCGCUCGCUUCUGCUGCUGCUGCCCAUGCACAAGAGCUUGCUGCUGCCAAGGAGGCGGUCGAGUCCGCCGGCACCACCCACUCUCAGGAACUUCAGGAGCUCCGGGACAAACUUCAGGCAUCUGAAGCCGCCUACGAAGCCUCCACUGCAGCGGCGCAGGAGGACCGCGAGGAAUUGCUCGCCGAACUCGAUGCUGCGCAUCAGGCUGAGUUGAAUGCCCUCCGGCAACGGUUGGAGGCCACGGAGCAGAAUCUCACUGAGGUCCGACAGGCUUUGGAUGAUGGUGCGAACUCGGCUCAGGACCUAGCGAUCCAGGAAAUCGAGUCUCUCAAGGAGAAGGUCGGUGCCCUCGAAUCGCAGCUGUCCACCGGCCAGGGUGAGAUCAAGUCCCUCCAGGAUGCGAUUCAAACCAAGCAGGGACAGGCUGAGGCCCUUCAGCAGAGCCUGGAUGCUUUCGAGGACAAGACCAAGGCUAAGGAUGUCCAGCAGCAGAGCCAGUUGAAGUCUUUGGAGGAAGCUGCUAUCGCUGCCGGCAAAGAGCUGGAAGAUAAGGCCAAAGAGGCCGCUGCUGUUGCCGAACAACAUGCGCAGACCCUCGAAUCUAUCCGAGCUGAACAUGCUGUCGAACUUGAAAAGGCUCGGACGGACGUUUCUGGAAACCAGGAGCAGGCACUCGGUGAGCUCCAAGCCAAAUAUGAGGAAUCCGUGGCUCUUCUGCGUGACCUGGAAUUCAGACACGCCCAGCAGAUGGAAGCUCUCCAGGCCGAGCUCAACACGGCCCUUCAGCGCCAUGCCAACGAGAUCACCUCCCAGGCUGAGGUUCGCGCCCAGGAAAUCGCGGAGCUCCAGAAGCAGCACGAGGAAACCCACAAAGAACUCCAGGCCGAGCUGCAGGCCAGCCAGGCCUCCAAGGCUGCUGAAUCGGAUGCAGAGCAUAGCAAGGCGAUUGAGCAGCUCCUGACGAUCCAGGAGGAGAAGCUUUCCAACCUCCGUGCUGACCUCGAGUCCACGAACCGGGCGAAGAUUGAAGAGCUACAGAAUGCGCACGACGCGACCCUGGCGGAAGUUCACGCUCAGCUCGUGGAGGCUCAAGCUGCUGCCCAAGACGCCUCUCUUCUGGAGAGCCUGAAGCUGACCAUUGCCGACCUUCAGAACCAACUGACGGAGGCCGAGCGGUCUGCUGCGGUGAGUGGUGAGCUCGCUAGCAAGCACAGCGCCGAUCUUUCCAAGGUCGAGGCCGAGAAACACGAGUUGGAAGAGAAGCACCAAGCCGUGUCGGCGCGGGCCGAAGAGCUCGAGAAGACCUUGGUUGCUUCGCAGAGCGCAAGGACGGAGCUGGAGGCGGUCCUGCAACAGCUCGCCGCAUCCAACUACGAACUGUCGCAACUCAAAAGCCAGCACGAGACUCUGACGGGCGAGCUCGAGCAGUUCCGCUCGCAGAACCGGAGCAUGGAAGAGCGCGUCCUUCAAGGUGAACGAGACCUGAACAGCCAGAUUGACAAGAACAUGUCACUCCUCAACCAGCUGGGAGAAGUCGACUCGAUGAUCUCGGCCAGCCGCAAGCGCACGCGGGAAUUGGAGGCGGAAGUGGCGGCGCUGAAGGCUGAGAGGGACAGUGCCAAGGGCUCGUCGGUUGGCCUGGACGGCAGCCGGUGGGCUGGAGAGACCCUUGCCAGAGAAGACGGUGGUUCCACCGCAGUCGAAGGUGAGGACCUUGGUUCAUCUAUUCAGGGAACGAUGGCCAGCAUCCAAGAGCAGCUUAAACACAUCCGUACCACUAAUGAUGAUUGGUAUGACGAGCACCGACGAAUCCUUGGCGAAUUGGCCGAGUUGUCUCGUCGGGCGACGCCCAACCCUCCGAGCCAGUCGACGACACCGCAACCCGAGAAGGCGAACGGCUCGAGCAGCAGCUCGGACGAGCAAGGGAUUGAGGAAGGAUCCUCGUGA